UCUAUCAAAAUCCUUUGAUUUUUCCUUCUAAAUUCCAAUAUAUGUAGAAAGCUCCCCAAAUGGCUCUCGUCCAGAGUGACGAAAACGACUUCCACGCCCUCCGCGAGGCCCAAAGGAUGGUGGACUCGUGCCAGGACUUUGCGGACCACUUGAUCGUGGCCGAAUUCCUGCCCCACUGCCGUUGGGUGGCCUACAUCAAUAUUCGCACCCUGGAGCAGGUCAUCUAUUGUGUUGAGCUCAGCCAGGCUGGCUAUCGGAUCGUGGCCUAUGACUUCGAUAAUGUGGCCGAUGAGGUGGCCAAUUGUGACACCAUCUAUGAGUCUGCCCACCAACUGCUGGCCGGGAUUAGUCCUUUGUAUGGCGAGAAAUAUGGCUUUGGACGAGAGCCUCUGAAGAAGCGAAAGGAGUAGAGUAGUAGUCCCCUGAAAGGGGGCGUGGCAUGUGAAGAAUUUGUCUGCUAAUUGCUAAUUGCCGCCCCAAAAAGUGAUAAUUAAGCGUUUUGCAGGUAAAUGACUUGAUUGCAAUAAUAAAGCCAGAGGCUGUGAGUUGGA